AUGGUCAACCGCAUCGAUGCUACGUUUGAUGACACGGGUUCAUGGAAAGAAUCCGACGUCGUGCCUUCUGGAACCGCACCCGCUCCUGAAGGCGAAAAGCAAAAACUCUCCUGUCUCGACCCCGUACUCCGCAUCACGACCGUCAACACGGAGCGCACGUUCAAGGGUGGUAUGCAAGGAAGCGCACUGGCGUUGUACACCAUGGUCUACCAUAACGAUCCAAGCAAGAGCUCUGAGAUGCCAAUGGCGAGCUAUACCGGCAUCAUGUUCUUCAAGGGAAUCGUCCAGGGGAGUAAAGAGGGCGAAGCAACGUUUACGUCGAGCGGGACGUGGGGUAAAGACGGGCAGAUGCGCGCUGUCGGCGAGUGGACGCUCGUUCCGGGUACGCUCACGGGCGGACUCGUAGAUGCACUGGGGACAAGGGUGUCGUCAAGGGAGGAUACAGCACUGCGGGGCACACCGAUUGUCAGUGCUGGUUGGAAAUCGGGGCUUGAGUAA